AUGGCCUGGGAGUUUCUCGCACCUAUCCUCACACCAACAGCCCUGCGCUCGGUUCAAGCAGAUGCUCGGCCACUGCUCACGCUGCUUCUCACCAUCAUCGGGCUGUCACUAUUCGUCAGCGUCUGCUUCUACAUCAGCUUCGUGACAGGGAAAGCGUAUCCGAAGAAGAAGGUGGAAAAGAAGGGCGGAGCGCUGCGCGUUUUGAAGGAGUGA